AUGCUGUCUGCCUCCGGUUAUGUCACCUCAGUCAUGCUAAAGUAUGUGCCGAAGCAUGUGUCCAUAGAUAUGUUUGUGGAACUCAUGCAAGAGGAGAUGGCAGGCGGCUUUGAUUUUAUUUACAUGCCGCAAAGCCAAUGGACAAGCAAGCCUGUUGGACUCGUCUUCAUCAACUUCGAGAGCCCCGCGCAUGCCAAGCAGGGGAUCAUUCAUCUUCGUGGCCUCUCAGUUCGUGCCCACUGGGAACGAAUUGAGGUGAAGGAAGCCGAGAUUCAAGGGCUUCUGCCAAACUUGGCCUACUUUGUGGCGCGCUUCGGUCUGGAUGCAGUGCGUAACGAGGAUGCGCCACAAGUGUUUCAAGGUGGUGUUCGGGUGGAGGUGGGAAGCUUCGUCUCGAGGCACAGAGUAUUCCGGGCGCAGGGGGAUGACUGGUGGUUCCGAACCGCCGUCUCAAGUAACAAGAAGCAGAAGACAAGGAAGACGAAGCUGAGGCGUUUCUUUGUGCGAGGCUUCAUGGAGCUGUGCCUGUUGAACCUGCGAUCAGUCCAUUUCGGUCACGCUCGGGCGCGGUGCACCAGCCUUCCGGUGGCUAAGCGCCCUUCGGCCGAGGGUUUGCGCCAGAUCGUGGCCAAGAAAGUCGUUAUUGCCUUGAUGGAUCUUUUCCAAGAACGUAAGAUCGCAGACCAGACCUUCCUUGAUGCGCUCAGCGCCGCAGCCCAGCAGCCCAACGCACCAUUGACCAAGCCCAAGAUCCUGAAGAUAUCGGCGCACGCGGACAUCGGCGCGCGCACGGACCUCUGGGCCCAGCAAGGAUAUCGGUGCGGGCGCCGAUAUCUACGGGCGACCAGCCAGGAUAUCGGCGUGUGCGGAUAUCGGCACGCGCACCGAUAUCUACAGGGGCCCAGUUGGCAUCGGCGCUCGCGCGGAUAUCGGCGCACACCUAAAUCGCCCAGCAAGUAUACCAGCGCGUGCGGCAAGCGUAUCGCCACGCUCGGGAAUUGGCGCGCGCGCCGAUACCUACUGGGACCCAGCAAUAAGGAUACGGCGCGCGCAGAUGUCGACGCGCGCGCCGGUAUCUACCGGGGCCCAGCAUGGAUAUCGGCGCGCGCGAAAAUCGGCGCGCGCGCCGAUAUCUACGGGGACCCAUGCCAAGACAUCGGCACGCGUGGAUAUCGGCGCGCGCGCCGCUAUCUACCGGGGCCCAACAGGGCUGCUUGCGGAUAUCAGCGCGCGCGUACAUCGGCGCGUGCCCCGGUGUGGGGCGCGGCAAGGAUGACGGCGCGCGCGAAUAUCGGCGCGCGCGCCGAAUAUCGGAUGGAUUUCCUGGCAAAGAGUCAGAUCGUCAUUUGCUGUUACAGGCUGGGCUGCAUCCUUUACACCCUGGCGUUUUACCGGCAUCCAUUUCAGGACAACGCCACGCCCAUGGCGGUUUUCAACGCAAAGUAUGUCAUCCCCUCCGAUCAUCCAAUGGCAAGGACUCGACUGCGAAGAAGCUAA